AUGUCUCUUCUUCUCCAUCUUAACAUAAUCACCGUACUGCUAUCUCUUACAGUCGCGUUGGUAACUUCAUUAUCCUUCAAGUAUGACAACUUCAGUGAUAAAUAUGAUGACGGCAUGUCUUAUGAGAGAGCUUACCCUGACCAUGAUCGUAUCAUUAAACUAGUAACGACAACGGUUGACGCUGGUCGAGCACUUUAUAAUACAAGCUUGCCGCUUUGGGACAAAAAGACGGGAAGACUCACAGACUUCACCACCCAUUUCUCUUUUGUUAUCGAUUCUGAAAACAGUUCUUUUUACGGAGAUGGGAUGACAUUCUUCCUUGCGCCUGAAAAUUCAACAAUUCCUACUGAUAUCGCUGGAGGCUCUUUCGGCCUUACGGAAGACGACGAGCCCUUAAAUUCAACAUCCAAUCCGUUUGUUGCAGUGGAGUUUGAUAUUUUUCACAACUAUUGGGAUCCGCCUGGUGGUGAGCAUGUGGGUAUUGAUAUCAGCUCUAUGCGCUCAAUGACAAAUAUUACAUGGUGGAGUACGAGUAACAUCGAGGGUGGACUGAAAAAUGAAGCAUGGAUCAAUUACAAUUCAAGUACACAAAAUCUGAGUGUUAAUUUCACUGGGUUCAGAAAUAAUGUCACAGUGAUGCAGUACCUUGAGUAUACAAUAGAUUUGAGGGAGUUUUUACCUGAGUCGGUCAAAUUUGGCUUCUCAGCAGCAACCGGAGACGCAUCUGCAAAGUUUAGCGUUUACACUUGGGAAUUCAAUUCAACCUUAGAAGCCGCAAAUCAUUCUGUCGGGAGAGAAAGAAGAGGAAGAAAAAUCACAAUGGGACUUGCCGUGGGACUGAGUAUUGGUGGAGCUGUUUUGGUUGGAGGGUUUGUUUUGGUUUGUCUUGUUUCCAUGCGUAGGAAGAGAGGCAACCAAGAUGAUGAAGAUAAACAAAUGUUCAGCGAGUAUAUAGAUGAUGAUUUUGAAAAAGGAACUGGACCCAAGGGGUUUCCGUACAAGGAAUUGGCUGAGGCAUCAGAUAAUUUCAACGACCAACACAACUUAGAUUCUCAUCUUUUUAAAGAAAAUAAUUUGACAUGGGAGAUGAGGUAUAAAAUUGCUCAAGACCUGGCUUCAGGACUGCUGUAUUUACAUGAAGAAUGGGAACAAUGUGUUGUGCAUAGAGAUAUAAAAUCAAGCAACAUUAUGUUGGAUUCAAAUUUCAGUGCUAAGAUUGGAGAUUUCGGAUUAGCUAGGCUUGUGGAGCAUUCCAAAGGGCCACCAACCACAGUUUUGGCAGGAACAAUGGGCUACAUGGCUCCUGAAUGUGUCAUCACAGGCAAAGCUGGCAAGGAAUCAGAUGUAUACAGCUUCGGAGUUGUUGCUUUGGAAUUGGCUUGUGGGAGGAAACCAAUCAACCCAAUGGCAAAAGAAGGUGAAGUCUAUAUGGUGCAGUGGGUUUGGGAGCUCUAUGGAAGUGGGAAACUCCUGGAAGCAGCUGAUCCAAGACUAAGUGAAGAUUUUGAUGAGCAAAAAAUGCAAAUGUUGAUGAUAGUUGGGCUGUGUUGUGCUCACCCAGAUGAAAAUCUCAGGCCUUCGAUUAGGCAGGCCAUUCGUGUGCUUAAUUCUGAAGCUCCAUUGCCUGUUCUCCCGCCCAAGAUGCCUUUGCCAACAUAUUUAGCACCUUCGGGGAACAUGCCCAUAUCUGCAUUUUCGAUUUCAUAUGGGGCCAUUAUUUCUGAAGGAGGUCAAAACCUGAACCAGUUCUGUGCUUUUAAUUCAAACUGCCACUCCAACUCCUCACAGUCAACAGCAUUUUCCAGUGCUUCUUCAUCAGCAGCGCUCUUGAAUAAUACACAUUGA